UGUCGGGGGGGCGGUGCCUGGGUCGAGCGGAGAAGAUGUUCUUGCUGCCUCUUCCGGCUGCUGCGCGAGUCGCGCUCCGCCGCUUAGGAGUGAGGCGUCUCUGGGAUCGGGGUCUGUCCACCGCAGACAUGACGAAGGGCCUUGUUUUAGGAAUUUAUUCCAAAGACAAAGAUGAUGACAUGCCACAGUUUACAAGUGCAGGAGAGGAUUUUAAUAAGAUGGUGGCUGGAAAGCUGAGGGAAAUGUUAAACAUAUCUGGACCUCCUCUGAAGGCAGGCAAAACCCGAACCUUCUAUGGUCUGCAUCAGGACUUCCCCAGUGUGGUGGUGGUUGGCCUUGGCAAGAGAUCAGCUGGAGUUGAUGACCAGGAGAACUGGCACGAAGGCAAAGAAAACAUCAGAGCUGCUGUUGCAGCGGGAUGCAGGCAGGUUCAGGACCUGGAGCUGCCGUCGGUGGAAGUGGAUCCCUGUGGAGAUGCCCAGGCUGCUGCAGAAGGAGCUGUGCUGGGUCUCUAUGAGUAUGAUGACCUAAAGCAGAAAAAGAAGGUGGCUGUGUCGGUGAAGCUCCAUGGAAGCGGUGAUCAAGAAGCCUGGGAAAAAGGGGUCCUCUUUGCUUCUGGGCAGAACUUGGCCCGCCAGCUGAUGGAGUCUCCAGCCAAUGAGAUGACGCCAACCAGAUUUGCUGAAAUUAUUGAAAAAAAUCUCAAAAGUGCCAGUAGUAAAACAGAGGUCUAUAUCAGACCCAAGUCUUGGAUAGAGGAACAAGAAAUGGGUUCGUUCCUAAGUGUAGCCAAAGGGUCUGAAGAGCCACCAGUCUUCUUGGAAAUCCACUACACAGGCAGCCCCGAUGCCAGGGCAGCGCCCCUGGUGUUUGUGGGGAAGGGGAUUACCUUUGACAGUGGAGGUAUCUCCAUCAAGGCUUCUGCAAAUAUGGACCUCAUGAGGGCUGACAUGGGAGGAGCUGCAACAAUAUGCUCGGCCAUUGUGUCUGCAGCAAAGCUCAAUUUGCCCAUUAAUAUCAUAGGUUUGGCUCCACUUUGUGAAAAUAUGCCUAGUGGCAAGGCCAACAAACCUGGGGAUGUCGUCAGAGCUAGGAAUGGGAAGACCAUCCAGGUUGAUAACACUGAUGCUGAAGGGAGGCUCAUCCUGGCCGAUGCUCUCUGUUAUGCUCACACCUUCAAUCCCAAGGUCAUCAUCAAUGCUGCCACCCUGACAGGUGCCAUGGACAUAGCCCUGGGAUCAGGUGCCACUGGGGUCUUUACCAAUUCGUCCUGGCUGUGGAACAGACUAUUUGAGGCCAGCAUAGAAACUGGGGACCGAGUCUGGAGGAUGCCUCUCUUUGAGCAUUAUACAAAACAAGUCAUAGACUGCCAGCUUGCUGAUGUCAAUAACAUUGGAAAAUACAGAUCUGCAGGUGCAUGUACAGCUGCGGCAUUCCUGCGGGAGUUUGUGACUCAUACAAAGUGGGCACAUUUAGACAUAGCAGGUGUGAUGACCAACAAAGAUGAGAUUCCGUACCUGAGGAAGGGCAUGAGUGGACGUCCCACAAGGACUCUGAUUGAGUUCUUACUUCGCUUCAGCAAAGACAGUUCUUAGUUCAAACACUCAGAAAACCCUCCAUCUGUCUUGAAUUGCAUAUUUGACCUUCAAAGUAUUUUUGAAUCAAUGAAAAUCUCUUAAAGGCAAAAAUGAAUGGUGUUCUUUUCUUAAUCUUAAUUUUUGGAAAAUUUUAGUGUGCUUGAGUCAUGAAAAUCUAAAUUAUAUUAAUUAAUAUAGGUCUUUUAAACUAUUUAAAAACAUCUUGUAAUAAUAUGUAUUUUCAAGCCAUAUUUACUAUUUUUACAAGACAGAAAAUCUAAGCCAGGCAUGGUGGCACACACCUUUGAUCCCAGCACUUGGGAGGCAGAGGCAGCUGGAUUUCUGAGUUCGAGACUAGCCUGGUCUACAGAUCGAGUUCCAAGGACAGCCUGGGCUGCACAAAAGCUAUGUCUUGAAAAACAGCAAAAGAUAACAAAAUGGACAAAAGAAAAUAUAAUUAGUAACUUUGGUGUUACGUUUUCCAAUUUUUGGUUCUUAAGGUAGAUUAAUUGUUCGUAUAACUUUCAAAAUCCAGAUCCAAUGCAGCAAAUAAAUUACAUUUCCUUCUGACAA